ACUAGUACGCACGCGAAGUUGACAGAAGCUUCAGAUGCCGCUCGCGCGCGUAACGGCUGUGCUGGUUCUGACAGCGCGAGGCGAGCGGUGAACUUGCGGCUGUACAACUGCCGUGUUAAAAGCUGUAUUUUGCGAAACCAGAACCGAGGUGGAUUUAUUCGGGUGCCGUUUGUGUUCUCCCGCCUCGUUUGUGUUUUGGGGUGUUGACUUGUCUUUGUCCAGCACUUGACUCCAGUUUUGUUUUCCAGUUUUGUCCGUUGGAGGAGCCGCUCUGCAGAAUUAGCGCUCACGUUGGAUUUACUCCCCUAGUAUUUGGUCAAAGUUAACCAUUUGAAGUCCUCAGCUGCCAAACCAAUGCCCGGGUCGUGCUGUUUACCCAACCUUCACACUCUCUUAGCGGAUUUAACGCCGUAGCUGGGCUCCAUCUCUGAAUCUUAGCCAGCGACAUCUCCUCAGAUGUGACAUUUCCGUGAGGUGCGGGGCGGUUUUUAAACGUUUACUCCCGCGCAGUGAAUGCGCUCCCAAUGCGUUCACUGCUGCUGGCUCGAAAGAGGAAAGAAGCCGGGGUUGGGAUCGCUCUGUCUCCGAGCUCGCUGAGGAUCAUGUUCAGCUGCGUGGGGUGUUUCUGGGUGCUCCUGUCCUCCGCCCUGGUGGCUGUGUGCAGUUUCAGUUUUAUUUCUCCCGCCUGGAUAGUGAAGGAGCACGCCAGGAGCGAGGACUCGGUCAGCUUCGGCCUCCUGUGGCACUGCUCCGAGUCUCUGGACCACAUGUACCGCUGCUACACGUUUGGUGGACUGGGCAAGUUCGCCGAGAUACCGUCGAGCUCUUGGCAGACAAGUGCAGUGCUCUGCUCUGGAGGUUGUGCGCUGUUGGCGGUCAGCUCCCUGCUGGCCAUCAUCACCAUCUUCCUGCCCAGCGGUGCCUGUGAGAGGAGGAUCUGCACACUGGCUGGCUACAUGCAAAUGGCUGCAGUGUUCAUCAUGGCAUCUGGUCUGCUGGUGUAUCCUUUUGGCCUAAACUCUAGCCUGGUCAAGUCAUUCUGUGGAGACUCCGAUAUCUACUAUGCCGGGGAGUGCCAGAUAGGCUGGGGCUACAUGCUGGCCAUAGUGGGCGUGAUGCUCACCCUAUUCCUUCCCUUUUUUGCCAAGUAUGCCCCCAAAGAGCAGCUUUCCCCCACCCCGCUGCCCACACUUUUAUAAAGGCUCUGCCUUGGCGCAUUGUAUCUGCUCUUAUCUUCAAUUUUUCAAUUCUAGGAAGCAGAUCUGCAUUUCCAUAUCUUUUGUUUUUGAUGAUGAUGAUGAUGAUAAUGAAGCCACUUUGGAAUAAGUGUGCCCAGAAGAGCCAUUCUUUUCAUUGUGUGAUGUGCUACAUUGUCUUCCCUCAUUUGAUAAGCUACGUCCAUGUCGGGCAUCCCUCAUAGUGAAAAACAUUUUCUGAAACCUCAUUUGGGAUUUGAAACGAAAACUGACGCCUCGCCUCGCCUCCCCCGA